GACGUCACGUGGUUGCAGUAGCUGCUUCCAUGCUUGAGUUGAUGUAACAGGCGUGUGAAUUGAUCAUUGUGCCGGUGUUUGAGAUUCAUUGAUCGGAUAAACGGCGAUCAGACGGAUCUGUUAGCAGACAUGUCGUACUGCAAGCAGGAAGGUAAAGAUCGCAUCAUAUUUGUCACUAAGGAGGAUCAUGAAGCACCCAGUGAUGCUGAGCUCAUCGAAGAUGAUCCAGAUGAUCCGUAUGAGGAUCACGGUCUUAUUCUCCCUAAUGGUGAUAUAAACUGGAACUGCCCGUGUUUGGGCGGUAUGGCCAGUGGCCCUUGUGGACAACAGUUCAAAGACGCCUUUUCUUGUUUCCACUAUAGCAAAGAAGAGGUAAAGGGUUCAGAUUGUGUGGAAAACUUCCGGAGUAUGCAGGAAUGUAUGCAGAAAUACCCUGAGCUCUACCCUCAUGAAGAUGACAACGACAGCGCCCCCUCUGGCGGGGCCGAUAAUGCACCCACUGAAUCCACUUCUGCUGACUCUCUCCCUACAUCCUCUCCUGAUUCCACACCAGCAGCCACAGAAAGCCCAGCAGCAAGCUAAUAUUAUUUUAGCUUCAUUUUUUCCGCACCUCACAGCAGAGACUGCUCCACUUUCGAGUAUGAAGAGAUAAUAUCUUAACUACACCACUGGAUAGAUGCUCUCCACCUGACUGCAUGAUGCACAGAGAUGCAGGAAGCCCUUAAACUUCAGGUUUUGUGAUUAAAAUAUCCAAAUGACAUUAACAUGCAUUUGAGGGACCUAUAAAAAUGAGUUUUGAGGAUCUGUAUGAGUGGCAGUUGAGUUUGCACUUGGCCUAUGAAACAUUCGCUACCAUUUGAAACGUCAGGCUUUGUAUUUUUUGGCUAUUAUUUCCUCCACAGCCUAAGCUAAGCUUAUUUGAUUUGUGUACUACAACAGUUCAAAGGCCAUUUGGCAUUGUACUUUCACAGCUAAGCAGUUUUGAGAUACUCAACAACUCCAUAAACAUUUAAUGUGCUCUUUUUGUUGUAGAACAUGAUUAAACAAUUUUAUAAUGAAGAAAUGUUCUGUUGCUGAUGUGUUCGAAUGCAUGUAGCCCAAGGCUGCAUACAAAGUAUAAACAUUAGGGUGUGUGAGUGAGCAAACUAGUAGCCUUACCUGUCAACUGAUGAUACAUUCGUAAUUUGUUGGUGUUGACUAUUAUAAUGGUGAAACAACACAUUAUAAAUGAGCAGAUCUUCUGUUUAGUAAGAACAUGCAAAUAUCUCUUGUUCCAAAGACUGGUAGUUUUUUUUUUCAAUUGAAGUAUCUUAACAUCGAGGGCUGUUUCUAGAUCCAUUUUCAACACAUGCUAACAUUAAACAGUGUUAAAUUGUGCUGAUAUCAGAUCCUUUUUGUAACUCCGAAAUAUUUUUAAGCUUAUGUGGCUUGAUUUAUAUAUAUUCUAUCAAUGGCAUUUACAAAUCUAGCUGUUUAUCACUGAAUUACUUUUGAGUUUGAUUUGUCAUUCAAAGCCUUAAUGUGAUAUAUGUGUUUCUGAAAAAAAACGUUUUAAUCAAAUAUAUGAGUCCAAAUCAUGCAUAAGCACUGGGAGAAUUUGAAUCAUUCAGUCUGUACCUUUUUGUUUUUCAUUUUACAACUGUGUGACCCAUUCAAAUGCAUUUUUAAAAACACUUGACUGAAAUGUAGUAAGAGAAAAGGCAAAUAAAAUACAAAAGUGUGAAUGAAUCUCAAAAAUGUCCUGCGGUCCUUUAGAUUCACUGGCUUGCGUUUAUCAUUUGUCCAUUCAUAUCUUCAAGUAACUAGUUUUUGAUGACGAUAAUCUAAAAACUACAGAGGAAUUAGUACAGCAACAGUUUUGAUCCGUCUUAUGAAAGCCGUAUCCAUGUUGUGUCAUGUCCACACGUCAACAGCCACCAAGAUGACCAAAGUUGUGCUGUAUGACAAUUACAGUUAUUUUAAGUGACUGUUCAGUGCACGUUGCCAUGCAACUACUUAAUGAAUCUUGUUUCU